AUGUUGUUAUUAUUCUUAAAUUUACUUAUUGUCGCAAUAAAUGGACAACACUGUGAUAGUCCACAAGUAAUAUCAACACCUUAUACUACUCAAGAUGGAACAAUUUUAAAACACGUGGCUUACAUUUCGAACUUCUUCGUAAAAUGUAAAGACGGCGAACCUGGACAUUUAUACGCUUUAUUAGGUGAAGGUUUGUCACCGGUGGCCUCCGUUGGACCCAACAAAUACCAAAUUAGUUGGACUGAAGAUGUGAAAACCGCAAAAACGGGCAAUAUUGCUAUAAAAAUUUAUAACGAAACUGGAUACAUUGCUUUAAAAAAGGCAGUAAGAGCUGGUGAAACGUUUGCUCAUGUUCCAGUGUUUACUACAAUAAACAUUAACCACACCGGUGUAUACGGGGGACCUUGGAUAUCUUGUGAACUUUUAGCAGCAGUAUUUUCAAUCGUGAGACAAACGGAUAAUGAUAAUGAUGAACUAAUAAAAAAGGCGCAAAAUGAAGAGGACAGGCCCAGCAGAAAUCGGGAAGCCUUAGAGAUAUGUAAAGAGAUACGUAUAAGGUUUAAAAUGUACAUUUGA